UCGUACCUCAUUCCCUCUUCACACACAUCUGCCAAAAAACUAUCCCCACUCUUCCUCAUCGCGAGAACGUUAACAUCCUACAUUCCUUCACAUUUCCCGCUUACUUGAUUAAAUACAUUCACACUUUAUCUCUUCCACCUCCUCAAAACACUUAUACCUAGUAUAAUACAUAUCAACAUCAUGCGUGCUACUACACUCUUCUUGGCUUCGGCUGCUGUCCUCGCCAUGGGUACACAGGCACAAAUCAAGGGUCAGAUCGCUGCUCUUGAUUCAGCUGACAGUUACUGUUUCUUCUUGCCUCCCAUGGUCGGGGGUGACAUCGCCGCUAAUGAAGACAGGGCUAUUGCCUUCUGCAACAAGCCUAACCCUCGUGCCCCUGGUGCAAAAAUCUUCCCUCCUGGUUUCGUUCUCUCUGCUCACUGGGCCACUGGUCCUAACUGGAUUCAGAUCACUGGCCAAAUUGAUCCUGCUCAAUAUUCGCUCAACCCUUGCGAUACCGGUGGGCAGUACGACAUCAAAGCCCCUGUGGGCGCCACCUGCGUUGGUUAUAAUCACUUUGUGAAUGUGAUUGAGCCAGAGCUCGGUGUUUAUGGCAUGCGCUGCUGUAAGGAAAAACAAGACUGUGAUGUCUAUCAUUCAACUUAUGGUGUUAAGCGUGUCUAUGGUGCUCAAUACGACUUCUCAGGUCCUCGCCCAGAUGGUCCUAUGCCUUUAUCGCUCAAGUGCGUUAAUGGUGCUCUGCCUGAUGGUAUCCCUAUCCCUGGCCCCUCUUCUUCUAAUAAUGCUGGUAGUAAUUCUACUAAUACCACUGCUACUACUACUGCCGUCGCAGGUGCUGGCGCUGGCGCUGGCACGUCUACUGGCACUGCUGCAACCAAAAAGACCUCUGCUCCUGCCUCAGUUGAUAAUGGAUCUGACUCUUCCAAGCUCAGCGCCGAUGGCAAGAAUGCCCCUAGCUCCGCUUCAGGCAAUAGCAUUAUGAUGGCUACCACCGCUAUCCUGGCUACCGCCGUUGGUAUGCUCAUGGCUUAGAUCAACUUUAUAUAAAUAAAACAACAACAACAAUAAUAAUAAUAAUAAUAAUAAAGCGUGGAACGUGG